GGGCAAGGAAUUCUGAAUACAGGAAGGGCAGUCCAAUCCCACUGCAACAGAUGCUGCAACCAAUCGCUCAACCCACUUUCCCCUAAGAUUCGAUUUCAAGGAGUGUCCCUAUGAGGUAUGGGACGCACAAAAAGUUGCUUUGGUUCUGAAGGUGAGCACUUUCACUUUGGCAGGGAAUACUUCACACCAUAGAAUAUCUGCCAAUCUGCGAAGGCGGUGGCUGCAGAAAAACACAUUCGAGAAUGUUCACGUCAAAGACGGAGGGACCAAUGUCACGAGCAGAGUGUUGCGAGGAAGCGCUGAACUCCGUGGAGUGACAUUACGAGCUGCGGAUCGAGGUCUGGCCUAGCGGCAUUAAGAGUUGAGCAUAGAUCAAAGGCGGUAACGCCAUGAGCCUUGGAAGUCAAACCCUCCUACGCGUCAUUUAUCCGAUGAAUCCCAACGAGAUGGCGAAAAUCGAAGCGAGCGGCGUUGAGCAUGGGACGUGCAUAGGAACUCGCUCUCACAGCAAUGACAAUAAGCAUAAGGCCAGGAACCGGACACAUCACUGUAGUUCUCACGGGGCUCACACACACCUCACACAUACAAGUCAGGAACCCAGAAUAUGACGUCCGACGAGGAAUAAAAUCAGGACAUACACUUCACGCAGAUAU